AUGCAGGUCGUGCGGUGGCUGAACCUCAGCGGGCUGGUGUUGGCCGUGCUGAUCCCCACAGGGUGGCCGAUGGGCACCAAGGACCUGGAGGACACAUCCAGAUGGAGCUCAUCCGAGCCACAGAGUGCCCAGACCUUGGCGUCCAACAGGAAGCGGCACUCGGAAGGAACCUUCACCAGCGACUUCACCCGUUACCUGGACCAGAUGAAGGCCAAGGACUUCGUGCACUGGCUCAUCAACACCAAGCGGUUCAGCUCCACAAAGAGGUACCUAAAGGAGGAGCCGCGCAGCAUCCCCUUCCCCGCUGCGUCCCCACUGCUGGUGUAA